AUGGGAUGCGGAGCAACCAAGUUACCAGCAAUAGAUCUGCCAGAACUAGCUGAAUUCCCUGUACCAGAAAAUGAACCGGACUAUCCGCCACCAAAACCACCCAGGACUACUAAAAAUGAAUAUUUUAAUCCAGCUGAAUUUAUUUCUAUAGAUAAUAAUGUUAGAAAGUUAAAACAUUCUCAAGCAGAAACCUAUGAGGCUCUAGUAGGGGAGAUAACCAAUGGUCUGACCACAGAUCUGCAGAAACUACGAGCUCUAUAUAUCUGGUUGGGGAACCAGCCAAUAGAAAACCAAGCCUACCCCAACGUUACAGACAAUUCAACACCCAGAGGUUAUAUGAAAAACAUUAAACAUGGAAGAGGCAGUUUUACAGCUUUCUUUACUUUGUUAUGCCGGGCAGCUAAAUUACCAACAGUUAUCAUUCAAGGGAAAGGAAAAUCAAUGAAUUACGAAGUUGGUGAUAAGGACUUCAGUAAUCUGAACAGUCAAUGGUGUGCCGUAUACGUUGACGGAGAUUGGAGGAUCGUACACGUUCUGUGGUCCUUUAGAGCAGUAUCUGGAUUCAAUCAAGGAAACUGGACGCAGAUUGAGAGAGACAGAAAGGCCUUGAACACUAAAGAUACAAGAUCUUCUGGAAAAGGUGUGACUCAAUUAAAUGAAUAUUAUUUCUUAACCGAGCCCGAGGAAUUUAUUUAUAAAUGUCGGCCAGAUAAAGAUCCCUGGCAAUUAUUAAGAACUCCGUGGUCUAUGGACAAGUAUACCAGUGUCCCCUACUGUAGAGAGAACUUCUUCAGUUCCGGCCUCGAAAUCAUCAGUGAAAAUAACUGCAUCCUGAAAUCAGAAAAGGGGAAAUGCUGGAUUGAAUUUGGACAUGAUCCAGAGGUAGAGCAGAAUCUGAAUUAUGAAUUUUUCCAUAACGAGGAGGCCUCCGGGCAACCCCUGCCAUCAGACCGGCGUCUCAACCGAUUUGUUGCCUACAACAAUGAAGUAAACAAGAAGAGCUUCGUUGUUCGAUUUCCCUGUGUUGGCGUUUACAAAAUGGUCAUUUCCGAGAUGGUCGAGUUCCUGCUGGAUUGUCCUGAUAUCGGAGAAUACGUAGACGAGUUUCCAGAAAAUCCGCAGAUUGGUUACGGUUACGGACAAACUGCACAAUCGGCAGGUUUCACAUCAUCUAACCGUAAUUAUGGAUUUAUCUCACUUACACACAAUGAAACCAAAAUCUUUAAUUUCGUCGUUGAAGAUCCUACAAAUUUCCAGGCGCAGUUCAAAGAUGCUUCUACCAACACCGACCUGUCGACGUACGUUCAGCAGACCGUAUCCGACAAUGACGUUUCCGUACAAGUAACGAUGCCUGAGGAACAAGCUGGUGACUGCGUCUUAUCGAUCAGCAAUAAAAACAGUGUUGCGAUCAACUAUCUGAUAUCUACUGAUAAUAUCGCACAGCCUGAUUCGACAUCGCCGUUCCCAGUACCAGAAAGUGAACCGGGCUAUCUGCCACCAAAACCACCCAGGACUACUAAAAAUGAAUAUUUUAAUCCAGAUGAAUUUAUUUCUAUAGAUAAUAAUGUUAGAAAGUUGAAGAAAUCUAAAGCAGAAACUUAUGAAGAUCUAGUAGGGGAGAUAACCAAUGGUCUGACCACAGAUCUUCAGAAACUACGAGCACUAUAUAUCUGGUUGGGGAACCAUCCAAUAGAAAACCAAGCCUACCCUAAUGUUUCUGAUAGCUCAACACCCAGAGGUUAUAUGAAAAAUAUUAAAUAUGGCACAGGCAGUUUUACAGCUUUCUUUACUUUGUUGUGCCGGGCAGCUAAAUUACCAACAGUUAUCAUUCAUGGGAAAGGAAAGUCAAUGAAUUACGAAGUCGGUGAUAAGGACUUCAGUGACUUGAACAGUCAAUGGUGUGCCGUGUACGUUGACGGAGAUUGGAGGAUCGUACACGCAUUGUGGUCGUUCAGAGCCAUAUCUGGAUUCAUUCAAGGUAACUGGACACAGAUUGAGAAAGAUGGAGAAGCCGUGAACACUAAAGAUGAAAAAUCUUCUGGAAAAGGUGUGACUCAAUUAAAUGAAUAUUAUUUCUUAACCGAGCCCGAGGAAUUUAUUUAUAAAUGUCGGCCAAAUAAAGAUCCCUGGCAAUUAUUGAGAACUCCGUGGUCUAUGGACAAGUAUACCAGUGUCCCCUACUGUAGACAGGACUUCUUCAGUUCCGGUCUUAAAAUUACCAGUGAAAAAAACUGCAUCCUAGAAUCCGAAGAAGGAAAAUGCUGGAUUGAUUUUAAACAUGCUCUGGAGGCAGACAAAGAUCUAAAUUAUGAAUUUUUCUAUAACGAGGAGGCCUCUGGGCAACCCCUGCCAUCAGACCGGCGUCUCAACCGAUUUGUUGCCUACAACAAUGAAGUAAACAAGAAGAGCUUCGUUGUUCGAUUUCCCUGUGUUGGCGUUUACAAAAUUGUCAUUUCCAAGAUGGUCGAGUUCCGGCUGGAUUGUUCAGAUAUCGGAGAAUACGCCGACGAGUUUCCAGAAAACCCAAAGAUUGGUUACGGCUACGGACAAACUGCACAAUCGGCAGGUUUCACAUCAACGAACAGUAAAUAUGGUUUCAUCGCUCUUAAACACAAUGAAAACAAAAUCUUUAAAUUCGUCGUUAAAGAUCCGACAAAUUUUCAGACGCAGUUCAAGAAUACUUCUACCAACAACGACCUAUCGACGUACGUCCACCAGACCGUAUCCGACAAUGACGUUUCCGUACAUGUAACGAUGCCAGAGGAUCAAGCUGGUGACUGCGUCUUAUCGAUCAGCAAUAAAGACAGUGUUGCUAUUAAUUAUCUGAUAUCAACUGAUAAUAUCGCAGAGUCUCCUUCGUCAUCGCCGUUUUAUGUACCAGAAACUGAACCCGGCCACCCCCCACCAAAACAACCAAGAACUACCAAAAAUGAAUAUUUUAAGCCACUGAAAUUUAUCACUAUAGAUAAUAAUGUAAGAGAGUUGAAGAAAUCUAAAGCAAAAACUUAUGAGGCUCUAGUAGGGGAUAUAACCAAUGGUCUGACCACAGAUCUACAGAAACUGCGAUCUCUAUAUAUGUGGUUGGGGAACCAGCCAAUAGAAAACCAAGCCUACCCUAAUGAUACUGAUAAUUCAACACCCAGAGGUUAUAUGAAAGAUAUUAAACAUGGCAGAGGCAGUUUUACAGGUUUCUUUACCUUAUUAUGCCGGGCAGCUAAAUUACCAACAGUUAUCAUUCAAGGGAAAGGAAAGUCAAAGAAUUACGAAGUCGGUGAUAAAGAUUUCAGUAAUCUGAACAGUCAAUGGUGUGCCGUGUACGUUGACGGAGAUUGGAGGAUCGUACACGUUCUGUGGUCGUUCAGAGCCGUAUCUGGAUUCAAUCCAGGAAACUGGACGCAAAUUGAGCAAGAUGGCGAAGCCAUGAAUACGAAAGAUGAUAAAUCUUCUGGAGAAGAUGUAAUGGACUUGAAUGAAUAUUUUUUCCUUACCGAUCCCGCGGAAUUUAUUUAUAUAUGCCGACCAGCUAAAGACCCCUGGCAAUUAUUGAGAACUCCGUGGUCUAUGGACAAGUAUACCAGUGUCCCCUACUGUAGACAGAACUUCUUCAGUUCCGGUCUUAGAAUUACCAGUAAAAAUAACUGCAUCCUAAAAUCCGUAAAGGGAAAAUGCUGGAUUGAAUUUCGUCAUGAUCCGAAGGUAACCAUGCGUUUGAAUUAUAAAUUUUUCUAUAAUGAGAAGGCCUCCGGGCGACCCCUGCCAUCCGACCGGCGUCUCGACCGGUUUGUUGCCUACAACAAUGAAGUAAACAAGAAGAACUUCGUUGUUCGAUUUCCCUGUGUUGGCGUUUACAAAAUUGUCAUUUCCGAGAUGGUCGAGUUCCGGCUGGAUUGUUCAGAUAUCGGAGAAUGCGUAGAAGAGUUUCCAGAAAAUCCGCAGAUUGGUUACGGCUACGGACAAACUGCCCAAUCGGCAGGUUUCACAUCAACGAACCGUAGUUAUGGAUUUAUCUCUCUAACACACAAUGAAACAAAAGUCUUUAAUUUCGUCGUUGAAGAUCCGAGAAAUUUCCAGACGCAGUUCAAGGACGCUUCUACCAACACCGACCUAUCGUCAUACGUCCGCCAGACAGUAUCAAGAAAUAUCGUUUCCGUAAAAGUAAAGAUGCCGAAAGACCAAGAAGGUGACUGCGUCUUGACGUUCAGCAAUAAAAACCAUGUUGCCAUCAACUAUCUGAUAUCUACUGAUAAUAUCGCACAGACUGAUUCAACAUCGCCGAGAAGAGAAGAAAAGAAAUACGAGAUGCUAGAGAUGCCCUUGAGACAAGCUACUGUAUCGGAAAUCGCGAGCUACACACGACCUAAACCUUUUAUACAUGAUGUUAUGAAGGCCACUUAUCUACUGCUGGGUGAACGAGAGAAACAAUUAAAUAGUUGGAAGCAUAUACAGAAGUUAAGUCGUAAAUCAGGAAAAAGGAGUCUAAUAAGAAGAAUCAAGGAAUUUGACCGUGUCAAUUUAAAGAGACCAGUCGUUCAUAGAUCUGAUACUUUGUUAGAUUUGUAUGAUAACCGUACAGUUUGCUUGAGCAGUGCUGGGGCUGGCACCUUCUUUAAAUGGAGUCGUAAUACAAUUGAUGUGCACGAAGGUGAACGAAGUCGAAGUUCAUUGUAG